AUGUUUAAAGAUAUGGCUUAUGAGCUAUUGUUUAAUAUCAUGACUACAAACAAAGAGCUGAUGGGGUUUUGCCGUUUCCUAACCGCUCAAACGAUCUCAGUUUGUGAGCCUUUCCUCCACUUUUUGAUGUUCUCUGCCAUUAGUUUAUGCCUCACUGCCAAAGGACACCAUUUCCUCACAAUCAUACAUACCAUACACUAUAUAAUGGGAACAGCCAAUCGGGUGAUAAUACAAGAGUUGACAGUUGAUCACAACCUUCCGCACCAUUACGUCUACCACACGGCGAGUACGCCCUCCUAUAUUCCUGCGGCGCCGAGUCUACUGUUGCCGCCGUCGGCUGCCCUCUCGCCCACACAUUUCUACGACUACCCGACCACUGCAUACCCUCCACCGCCGCCAUACGCGACGGCCACCAAUGGCUUUGACGCCUACACUCCUUUCCAUCCGUCGCACAGCCAUCAAAGCGGUGGUCCCUUAGGCUCGGCUGCGGUGGCGGCCGCUGUGGCCGCAGCGGCUUCAGGUGUGGGCAAUGGCGGCGCCCAAUCGGCUCACUCUGGAAGCCAUCAUCCGUUCAGUACUUUCACAACACUGUCAGGAAGUGGUGGGUUAGCCACCAAUGGGUCGGUGGCCACCACUGGUGCCAACUAUAUGGCGGCAACCGUCACACCGACUAACUCUGUCUCUUAUAUAUCUGACGCAAGGAUGCAAUAAAUCAGUGCCUAAAACACACAAUAAAUUUAUAUAUCUAUUAUAUAUUAAUUUAAAACAAAAUGAAAGCAAUUUCAGUGGCAAUACAUAAAGACUACAAAAUUCAAUACAUUUCUAACUUAUCAUAAAAAUUAAUAGUUUAUUAUUAAUUAUUACAUCAUUUAUAUGACUACUCUUAUUAUUAAUCACUAUUAAAAAGUUAUACUUAUAUUAAUAUAUUAUAUAAAUUAUAUAAAAUAUAUUACUUUUCAUUUUUAAUAAUCACUUUUUUCUUGAACACAACAAAACAGUAUAAAAUGGCCAACAAUUCAAUUCAUACAUUAAUUUUAGACAAAAAGCUAUUAUAUUCUCUAUUAAAGUAUCGCAACUAAUGUCAC